AUGGCAGGUGCUGACGAGUUUAUGUAUGGUGAUAAUACCUGUAGGUUUUCAAAAACUCCUCAAAAUAUCUUAAUAAUUAAGAGGCCGAGGUCACCAAACUCUACAAUACUAGCGGUGGAGCUGGCAAUCACAUUAACAAAAGUGUAUGAUGCAGUUGUAUAUUGCGAAGAUGAGGCAAUCCAUGAUAUGAAGGCUAUAAACCCGGAUCUAGAACUAAAUUCAAUAUCCCAAACUCAAGUUGAUUUAGGAGAGAUCAUUGAUCUUGCAAUUUCACUAGGUGGGGACGGAACAUUGCUUUGGCUAUCACACUUAUUUCAAACGUCCGUUCCCCCAGUUAUAAGUAUUGCAAUGGGAUCCCUUGGCUAUAUGUCAUUGUUCCAUUACUCAAAAGCUAAUGACAUUGUUGAUAGGAUAAUGAGGAAACAAACUUUUGCUGUUUCACUAAGAUCAAGGCUGACACUAUAUGUUCCUCAGGAAAAUGGAGAUGUAUUACAAACUUCUUGUUUAAAUGAGUGCGUAUUUGAAAGAGGAAACAGACACUGUCUUGCUUCCAUCGAUGUGUACUGCUCCGGAAGUUAUUUUACAAGAGUAUUUGCUGAUGGUUUAAUUUUAGCAACACCCUCUGGUUCAACAGCAUAUUCAAUGUCUGCAGGUGGAAGUAUUGUGCAUCCGAAGGUAUCUGGGAUACUUUUCACUCCAAUUUGUCCUCAUACCUUAUCUUUUAGGCCAGUAAUACUACCAGGUUCAACCGAACUUUUGAUUCAUGUUCCAGAAUCUUCUAGAAAUGGGGUCCAAGUUGCUUUAGAUGGAAGAAGAGUUGCAGAGCUAAAAAUUGGGCAGUUUGCAGCAGUGACAAUGUGCUCAUAUCCUCUUCCCUUAGUAAUUUGUCCACAGAUUUUUGAUUUUAAUGAGUGUUUAACUCCAGAGUUUGAACUUAAAAGUAAAAGAAGGACGAUUGACUCCACCUACACUUAUCAGGACAUCCUUCAAAGUAUAAGAGAGGUUAAAACUAUGAAUUCUUUAGGUACUGAUGAGCAUUGUAUUUACUCUAAUGAGAAUCAAAUUUUCGUAUGUCCAUGUUGCAGAAAGCCAGAUAAUUGCUAUUGUGGGAUCGAAAAAGAUGCUAAUAUUCCACAGGAGGAUUAUGUUAAAAAAAAAGACCCUGUAUACAAAGAAGACUAUUGGCUAGAUUCUUUAAACAAUUACUUGGAUUGGAAUUCACAGAGAACUGCUCAAAUUCCUAUUGAUCUACAGGAAACUGUCUCUGGAAGUAAAUAUUCGGAGUUUCAGUCAAGCCUGAGGAAGAAAAGUGCAGGGUCUAGUCCUAGAAACCUUAAUACUGAUAGAAAGAUCGCCCCUCCAGAAACACUAAAGUUUCUUGAACAAGUGAGAGUAAUUUGGAAGCAUGACAAUGAAUUCAAACAUGAAUGUCUUCCUGACUUUAAUAAUUCGGUAACCUGUUUAAAUUCAAAACUAAGGUACUCAUCCCCUUCCGCGCAAAAGACUACAGAGAAUACUAUAAGCCCUACCACUUCCGGAGAUAAAUUAGAAAAUACUGUCUCUAUACAUCUUAAUGCAGAUUUUGAUUCGUCCAAUUGGAGUCAGAAAAGCAAUAACACAGAUUCCACAGUUAAGUCAAAUAAAAGCAAAACUCCUUUUUUUACUCCAGUAAAAACUCCAAGUGUGAUAAUUUUAGAUCGUAAAUUAUGA